AUGAUGAUCGCUAAACAAUCAACUGCCAAGUUCCUUUCAGCUAGAUGAAGCCAAAAUCUUAAGGAUCUCUCUUUAUUCUUUGGGCUGUCAUGAUGGCUUCCUCCGAGGAAACUUUGCAUAACCAAUGGGCAUCCAAACUUCAAUUAACGCAGGGGGACGUGGAUGAAUUGCUGAAGUCCUCCAAGGUGAAGAACCCUCUUGGGUUUCUCGUGUUUUUGGAUAAAGCCAGCCGUCUGAAGAAUGUUGCUGAUUUGAAAACAUCUGAGUGGUUCUCAUUGAAGGAGAGUGUGUUGAAAACAGAGCAAAUCACAAAGGAAGAGAAUCCUAAACUUCAACAAUGCCAGGACCCUGAACUUCAACAACCAUGUUUGCUGAAGUUUUCUUGCGAUAAUUCUUUUGGCCUUCAACAGACCUUCCAGGAAAAUACUUUAAAGGAAACGUUAAGCGUGCCAGUGGAUUUAGGAAAUGGUAAGACGACCAACUCUAUCAUGGAGGGCCGAAACCUGCUUUGGACACGUGAAUUUCACUCCAAACCAAUGUCCGAGUCAAGAUUCAUUCCUCGAGAGUUUUUGGAAAACAUCCAAGAUAUCCCCCAAGAUUUCAAGGCCACGUACAGGAUCGUUAAACAAGUGCUUUCAUCUUGUCAUCUCAUGUUUCGAGCAAAGGCAAAAGGAAAAUCGUCUACAAUUUGCAAGACCACAUUGGAAGAAAAUAUGCAGAGAUUGCAAACUUUGUUGGAUGUUUGGCAGAAUCUCCCAGAAGAUAUGCCAGAUCGAAAUUCCAUUUGGAAGGAAAAAGAUUGGAGAGACACUCUGGUUGCACCUUUGAAGGACCAGAAUCCAAACUCCAUUGCCUGCCGCCUUCAAGAAUUUGUGAAAAACAAUCCCUGUCCAGACCUCCAGUCCUAUCUAGAUGACAUUUAUCGCCAAGAGAUUAAGAAAGGCAAUGAAAGGGCUCGAAAGGACCAAGAAAGACCGAUUGUCCCUGUUCAACCCGGAAUCAAACCCACACCAAAGCAAAAAGAGGGCUUGGUGAAAUACAUCAAUUCUAGCAAGCUCUUUCCUGGCACGUUCUUGGUGGGGCAGCUCUUGGGAUUGCAAGGUCCUCAAAGUGAGCGUUUAGUCCAUAACAAUGGGACGCUAGUGGGGGAUUGCUUCGAGAAAGAUGUCUUUGAGGCUCUUGUGGCUUGGCAAUCCAACCAUCCGGAAGUGGUCACAAUCUUCUGUGGUCUAGAAUUGUUGGGUAGUAAACAGCAUAGCAAUGAAUUUGACUUCCUCAUUGUCCUGGGGGAAGUCAAGAAAGUCAUAUAUGUUGAGUGCAAGUAUACACUUACGAAGGAGAUUGCUGAGAAGAUUAAGAAACAGGCUGAAAACGCGUUCAAUUUCCUCCAAGAAAAGCUCCCUUUGAAGAAAGGUUGGGAGUUCUUGACGUGGGCUUGUUACGAGCACACUAACCUUGCCCCAUCCUCGUGUUGCGCUAGCUGCCAACCUUUCAGGGUGACGGUUUCAAGCUUGGGAUCCACCCUAAACAGGAUUUUGGCAAGGAACAUCAGACAAAAACUAGAUGAAGGAUAUUCAUCCCUGGUUAAGACCUAUCUUUUCUAUGCCUUGGAAAAUAAGCAAACAUUUGAUGGCGAGCAAGUGGCAAAGCAUCAAUUGAAAAUGGUUGAUUGGCCCAAUGAGAAAAUUAUUCUGUGGAAUCUCCACCAAUUGGUGGUGCUUCAAAAUGAUCCUCCCAGAAUGAUUGUGAAGAGCGGAGGUUUAUUUGGAACGGGUAAGACUGAAAUCUUCAAAAUGAAGGUGGCCAAACUGGCCUCUGGUAACCCAGAUAAAAUAGCCUUCCUGGUGGCUUGUCCCGAAAUUGGAGGCCAUGAGCAACUUCUGACCAAAGCACUUCGAUCUCAUUUCCAAAGGGGAAAGUUGGACAAUGUCAAAGUGGGCGAACUCCGACCUGGCCACAAAAUACCUUUUAUUUUGAAGGAGAUGUUUCCCAAUUGUGAGGAUCACAACCAAAUCCACGUGUUCAUAGACGAGGCUUCACAUCAAAACAAGUCUGCCAUUGAUGAGUUCCUCGCCCAGCUGGUUAAAGGUUGCAAUACCGUGAUUUGGAUUGUGGACAAGGAUGAUUCCAUUUUUGUGCCAGUCAAUCAAGGAUUCGUCCUGGAGACUGGCCUUGGACUGAAUUUGAGGAAUUCAGAAGGCGUGCAAAAAACGAUUGAACUCUCAAAUCAUGGGGAAAGUCGCUUUCCAGGAUCAUCAGCCGAGAUCAAUCAUGAGACUUUGGCAAAUGCAAUUCAUAAAGGCUUUUUAGAAGAACCAAGUGUGAAGAAGAUUUUGAUCCUUGUGGGUGAUGCCUCCUGGGACAGCAAAUGGAUGAGCAACGAACAUGGACAUGACAUUAAAUUCUAUGGAUAUUCCUCGGUGUCAGAAAAUUGCUCAGACCAGGAAUUGGAGGAUUUUUUCGACCCGACAAAUGAGAAGCGUCAGAUUCUCAUGACAUCUGAAGAUGUAGCCGAAGGCAUCGAAGCAGAAAUGGUUCUGGUUUGGGAUGUCCAUGAUGCCAAGAGGACCACCAGACAUCGGGCAAGAACAAAGCUCGUCACAGCUUUCAAGAGCUUAAGCGCACAUCCCUUGCUCCAGAGAGAAUCUGAGGCACCUCUUUUUAGACCUGACACUACGCGAGUUUUGGAGCAUUCAGAGUGGCUUGGUGUUCUGGAAGGACAAGGAUUGGUUUGGUACUCUAGACUAAGCCAGAAAGAGAAAUUGCCCGUUCAUUUUUACUCUGAUUACCAAGAGUUCGUGGCCAAACACGGCAAAUGGAUUCGUCAAUAUGGACCAAUUAAAGCGGUAGAACAGUUCCACGUGAUCCAAAGGGAGUCUCCAAACCUAAGCAUCCCCACUUAUCCACUUGUUCUGUGGGUGCAGUUCGAAAAUGAGAGGACCUCGUUCUGCAUUGCAUUGAAAGGCAAGAGUCUCCAUGAAGUAGAUCCAAAGGCCUUGUCCAUCUCAAACUUGAGCACUGUCCAUCGUUGUGAUAUCAACUUGGACAAAACAAUACCGGCAUGGAAGAUAUGGAUCAAUGUUUACAUUGCUGAGAUCAUUUAUUCGAAGGCCCAUAACAUCCCAUGGGACAAUUGGUUUGACUUGAGGCGGCUCUUUAACAUCUGGUUACGAGUUUUUGACGAACUGCAAAGGGACCAGCUCCAAAUCAGCUUUCCGCCACAUGAACUAGCUGUGGAAUUGUUGAGGAACUUUCUUAAUAGCGGAGAUUACAUUGGUGACAUUGUUUCCAUUUUACCUUUGUUCGCCCCUAAUCAAGAAAUUCAUUCUUGGGACCUAAUCCAGAAGCUUUUAGCGUGGUGGCUUCCAAAUUAUGGUGAUUCCUUAGCCAACCAUCUCAUUCGUUGGGAACAUCCCAAUCAACCAACCAAUGAAUUGCACAACUUUGAGGGAGUUCCAAGAUCAACUUUCUGCUAUUGGGAUUUAUCUCCACAUCUCGAGUGUAUCCGGGCAGUGUUUACCCCGAAAAUCCUCCUCCAAUCCCAAGAUGAUGACCCUCUUUCGCCAUUUCAAGCCAAGCUGAUGAUCCAGUUGAAGGAGGAAAUAGCAUCAGAAUACGUUUUUUCUCCCUCAGUGAAGUUGCUGAAGGAGAAGAGACUUCAUUUCCCUUGGAUUUGGUGGAUUUGGAUAAGGGAGAUGACUCUGGUUUGGUCGGAAGUUCUCGAGACGAACUUUCCUCAUGUUGAAAACGAACCUUGGUAUGAUCAGGUAAUGGAAUACCAAAGAACCGCCCAAGAGGAAAUUCGUGUCCUACGAAGCCAACGAGGCUCAGACUCCAUCUUUCUUCAAGUCGAAAAUGAGUCCCCGGUUGUCUUCUUGGAAUUGAAUCCAUCGUAUAGAAAGAUAUUUAACACUCUACCGGAACUGAUGAGGGAUAUCCUUAUAUUUAUUUCAGCACAAUCUUUAAGGACUGUUCCACCAAACAUAGGAAGCAGUUAAUAUACUACACCUAUUU